AUGAGCUUUAAUAACUCUCUGUGGGAGAAAAGUUCAGACUCUGUUGAGGGGGAGGAGGAGACGCAGGAGAACUCAGAGACUCAGUCUGCCCCCAAACAGCGUAAACUGGCUGGUGCGAUAACCAAACUGAAUCCAUUUCGCUCUGCAUACAAAGCUGAAAAACAGAUGGCGUCCGAUGACGAGGACCUGCCUCAGAGCGGCGAGAAGUUGCCCGGCAACAAGCAGAACUCUGUGGUUGAAGCCAUGAACAAACUGAAUCCGUUACGCUCUGCAAACAAAAAAGACUCAGAGGAGGUGGAGCUACUCAAAGAGAAACAAGUGGAAGAGAAACCGAAAUCGCAAGUCAGAACCAGUCCGGCCCAGAGAGACAGGAAGGACAGAAGUGAAACACCGCCGGUCCCACCUAUACCGGUGGAUGAGAUCAUGAUGGGGUCCACCUGGCAUGUUGAAGAGCAACCACAAGGACCUGAGCACGUUCAGGAAAACAAGCACAGAGUUCCCAAAGAGAGAAAAGGAAAACAAGCAGAAACUCCCAAAGUUCCGGCGAGACCGUCAGCGGAGGAGCUGAAUGGAGCAAAAAGACACAACGGCCACAAAGAGAGACGCAGUCAUCAGAAUCAAUCGGACGACGAAGGACUCGGAGAAGAAGAUGAACUGACGGCUUCGGAGAAUAAAACUACCCACGUGAAAAAGCACAAACAUUUGAGUCCGUUUAUGGCGCAGGCUGCGGACAAGGCUUCAUCUGAUGAUGAAGGUCUGAAAGAAGAUGAGUCUUCAUCCAAAGAGGAAAAUGAUGAGAAAACAGAAAAAACUCAGCCCAAAGAGAAGAAACCCAAGAAACGUAACCCCUUCAUGCCUCGUGUUAAGGCCAGAAUUGCUAAGAAGAAUGUGCAGGAUGGAGCUGCCAAAAACAACGCUGAGAAUGAAGGGGGGAAGAAGUCCCUGUUUAACCAGCUGGAGGAGUUCCGAGUUGAUCCGUCCGAGCCUGAAGAGAGAGAGGACUUUGACAGGCUUAUGGAGUGGUGGAGAAAUGUCGAGCUAUGGGAAGACACGCCUCAGGUGGAAGACAUGACGGAAAAAGAAGAAGCAAAGGCCUUUGCAGUGACGGCGGACAAGGUGCAGAAAGGCAUCCGUGUCUUCAACAAACUGUUCUCAGAGCGCGCGGAGAGUCUGUGGCAGCACGUCAUUGACAUGAACAGCAUCGCCGACGCCCUAGACAAGUUCAACAAGAACACAAAGAUUGCUCAGAUCACCGGCGGCUCUACCAGUGCCAUUGGUGGUGUGGCCACCAUUGCAGGCCUAGCUCUAGCCCCGGUCACCAUGGGAACAUCUUUGAUCGUGACAGCUGUGGGGCUGGGCGUGGCCACAGCAGGUAGUCUGACCACAGCAGGUGCUGGUAUCUCCAACCAGGUCAACAACACCAUGGACCGAAAGAAGGUGGAGAAGAUAGUGGAGGACUACCAGGAGAAGAUGGUCGACCUGAACAAGUGCUUGAAAUUCAUCAAACAGGGUAUUGAAAACUUACGUAAGUUUGACCUGAUCAAGAUGAGGAAGCAUGCCUACAAUCGCGACUUCCCUGUGCUCAGCAGCAGCUUUUACGAAGACGGCGCCAUGGCGGGAAAGGCCAUCCUCAUCAACGCCAGUGAGAUCAUGCGCGUGGUGCAGAUUGCCAAUGUGGCCGGCAGCACAGCAGCCAGAGCAGUCCAGAUCGCCAGCAUGGCCACCGGUGUGCUGACUGGACUCUUUGUCGGUAUGGACAUCUACUUUGUGGCCAAAGACUCCAAAAUACUCAAGAAAGGGGCCAAGUCGGAGUUCGCGGCCAAAAUUAGGGAGGUGACCACCCAGCUGCACAAAGGCUUGGUGGAGCUGAACGCCAUCCGAGAAGAGCUUCAGUCCACCACGACACCGGAAAACAACUCCGCCGAUACAACCGCCACGUCUGACUUUGACAAGAAAGAAAAGGAGCAAAAACAGUACAAUUCAGAGGAGGAGGAGGAGGAUGAAAUCGACCGUAUUAAGAAAGCCAUGAAGAAGGACCUGGAGGACGGGAAGUAUGUUUAACUGCGCAUUAAAGCAGGAAAAGUAAAAGAAAAGAUGCAUUUUUAUUUUUAAAGUACUCUCUCUGUAUACCGUGUUCUCUAGAAAGGAAUCUCUUGGGGAUGACAUGGACAGUUUUUUCUAAAACCUUUGAGGGUUUUCUCAUUAAUCACACACGUGGUGCCGUUAGUCCACUUCCUGUUCUGGGUUUCAUGGGUUUCAGAGCGGUGAUGGAACAUGAAAUGUUUUUAAACUGUCACCUCUUGACAUUUUUACAAGUUUUGGCAGUUGUCUUUGUUGUGGUGAUUACACUGCUGACUUUUUGAGAAAUGCAUUGAAAACAAACAAACAAAAAAACCCUUUGGUUUGAAAUCUGUUGUACAGCACGAUGAAAUGAAACGUUUGUGACCCCACCAGCUUGUAUAUAUUCAGAAUUUUUUAUGUUUUAAAUAAAAUUUUUUCUAUUCAAAUUUCUAAAAUUAAUGAUAUUUGAAUUUAUUUACUAUAAUUCAAAGCAUAUACAUAAAAAAAAAUGCAGAACUACGUGAAAACCUGCAGUGAAAAUAAAUAAAAUAAUUUGUUUUUUGUAGAAACAUUCGUAAAAUUAGGCUUUAAGCUCACAUUGAAAUUUUUUUUUUUUUGUAUUAAAAUUUCUAAAAUGAAUGGCCUUUGAACUCCAUGUGAAGAUACCACAUAAAUGAAGUAAAAAAUAAUCAAAGCCAAACAGUGGUGUACAUGGUCAUAUUUACUACAGUAUAAUAGUAUAAAUCAUCACUUUUACAAAACCAGGAAAGUACAUGGACAUUUCUAAGUCACUGAAUAUGUCUCGGAUUUCUCAGAAAAUGACCCUGCAAGAGGAUUACGAUGUGAGGGAAGCCACCAAGACGUCCAUGGCAACGCUAAAGGAGCUACAGGCUUCUGUGGCUGGCUGUAGAAACUGUUUAUUGGGUAACUUUAACCUGUUAUACCAACAGUUCUGCACUUCACGGGGCUGAACAGAACACAGGAGGAUCUUCAAACCUAAAAACAGAUCAAAUCUAGGCUCAACUCUCCCAUGGGCCUUCAUGUGACAUGGGAGUGCUGUUAGCUGAAUUUCACCUUUUUUAUUAUUAUUAUUAUUAAUAGAAAAAUCCUUCCCUGUUCCAUUGUGAAGCUGCAUAACUGGUGAGGUGACAGACAGAUGUCACAGCCACAGAAGCCUCUAACAGUUGUCUUGGUGGUUUCCCUCACAAGCUUUCUGUGAAAUUUCUAUUUCUAUUGUAGAUUUUUUUUUUCUCACCCCCACUGUGAGUUGAAAGUGCACACUUUUAUAUGUAUCGUAAAGCAGCCUGAAUUCUUCUCUUUUAAAUUCCACAUCAUAAAAUAUUAAAUGUAUAAAACCUUAAAUGAUCACAAACCUUUCUUCAAUGCUGUGUUAAUGUAUAAAUAGAUCAGUUAUUUUAACGGCUGUCAUUAAGUGAUUAAUACUUAACCAAAAAGUGGUGUUCCCCCUGCCCCCAUCCCCAUUUUCCAUUAAGCAGUCCUGAAAAAUUCUAUUUUCUGUACUAAAUGGUUAAAUUGCUAUUUUUUUGGUGCCCUCAAACGCAGAUGAAAUUAUUUUUCAUGAUUGCUUAUUCCCUGGUUAAAAAAAAAAAAAUCUUUUUCCAGCCUUCCUGUAAAUAUUUCUUUCUUCUCCCUGAUGAGCUACGACGUUCAACAAUUUAACUCUAUUUUUGUUUAGUUCUUUUUAUAGCUGUCAUAUUACACAUUAAAUGCAAACCAUGAAGUUGGGGCGUCUUUUUAAACACAUGCAAUAGAAAUGACAGUUUUGUGCUAUUUGGAGACUUUUCUUCAGAGCGUUUGAUGAUGCCUCAUAAAUUUCAGUUUUACACUUUAGAUAAAAAAAAACAUUUUUAGAAAAGUAAAUGUGCAGCAUUAUGUUGUAAAUGAGUUUUUCUUCUACUGAGAAACUCCUGAUUGAUCAUCAUGACUGAAUAAAAAAUGUUGAUCCAUGUUUCCCAAACAGGCCACAACAUCUGUAUCUUGUUCACAACCCAAAGAUGCUCAGACAGAAAUAAAUAAACCAAAAGUAUUCAUGUUUAAGAUGCUGCAAUUAGAUAUUUUGGAGAUACAUAUUUUCAAUGACUCAAUGAUUCUUCAGUUGUCUACAGUUGUCGAUUUAAUCGUCCUAAUGAAUUAAGUGUCGUAGCUCCAAGACAUUUGAUCUGUAAAGUGAUGCUGAACAUCUGUGGAGCUCACGGUGACACUGUCAUAUGUCUUUUUUUUUAAAGAAAAGAUUUACACUGAUAUCAAGUAGGUACAGCCAAAAACUAAACUAAUAAAUAAAAAUCCCACAUUUCAGAAAUCAUCAAAUAUUUGAUAGCUUGAUGUAAAUCUAAAUUGUAAUUAUGAAUAAUGAAUACUCAUAAUUUUAAAAGAAGAGUAAUUUAUUGAGGAAGAAACAAACAUUAGCAAAUUCCAGUUUCCUAAAAUGUGAAAAUUUGCCAUUUUCCUGUUUUAAUCACUUAUUUUAUUAUAAUUAUAUGGUUCGUACUAUUAUUGAUAUAUUUUUGGGCAGCCAGAAUAAUUUUAAUGUCAGAAGCUCCUCUGUAAGGAGUCGGACGAGCUCGGGGACAGCUUUGCACUUUAGUUUUUCCAGGUGUUUUAUUAUUAUUAUUAUUAUUAUUAUUAUUCUGUUAUUUAGGACUUGGAUGAACUGUGAGGCUUGUUUGUAGAUUUUCAAAGUAAAAGUCUGUUAUGCUGUCGCUCAGUAACUUGUUCUGUGACUCUAUGUGCAAUACUUUGUGUGGAAUGAUGGUAAAUGUGUUUAAAGCUGCAAAUUAAAGCUCAAAUACACAUUCCAUGAGUCUCGAGUCAAA